AUGUCCCCAUCGCCAACCCCCCCAGGUAAGGGGGCGUGGCGCAAAAGCACGGAUCUGUGUCCAUUGUGGCCGGGGCUUUCGACGGACCGAACACCUAGAGCGUCAUAUACUAAAGAGAAGCCGUUUAUUUGCUUCUGUGGGGCUGCAUUUACUAGACGGGAUCUGCUCAAGCGUCAUAAUCGCAUUGCUCACCAGGAAGGCUCGCCUGAUUCACAGCCGAGGUCAGCGCCGAAGAGUGACAUUCCAGCUUCCCAGCGCGCACCUGCGCCCCUGCGACAGCGGUAUGAUGCGACGAGUCGCCCAGGUGGCUCAAUACCGGGGCUGCCUCCCAUACAGCAGUGGCCUGUGCCCCAACCUGAACAUGCAGCGUAUAUGCAACAGGCUCAGCCAGGCCCUAUCUUAACUGCCGCUCCCACUAACCCCACGGCAGAUGGACAUCCAGGCAUGCAUGACCCUGCUAUGCUCCAGGCUGCUCAGCUACUGAUCCCUGGCGAUUUCCAAGCCCCUGCUCCGUACUUGCCUGAGGAUUUGAAUCACUUCCAGGAAUUUACCCAUUUCUUGGACUCAAUUGGUCUACCGGCAGAAUGGUUGCCCAACGAGGGCGAGCCAAUACAGAUCCAAGAAAUCGGACUUGAAGAUGUUCAAAAAGAUGUUCAGCCACCUCAGGAGCAGCCCAGGCCCCGACGUAACCAGAGGGAUGAGGCACGUGGUGACUCGCCAUUCCGAUCAUGGCUUCCCUCGGUACCUCGUGGUGAUCAGAGCCUAACAUCUGUUUCAGACUCCGAACCGCCACAAAUUACUCAAUCUUCCAAGUACAAUGUGUCAGAAGAACAACGCUUCCGACUGGCUGCAUCUCUUGAAGAAUUUCGCGAUGUCAUCCCUGACUUCACCCUUCCCUCGCGUCACACCUUGACUCGUUAUCUGAAGUCGUACUUUGAGGGCUUUCAUCCACAUAUCCCGUUCAUUCAUAUUCCGACCUUCCGAUUCAACGAAUGUUCUCCUGAACUGGCCUUGGCGAUUAUGACUAUAGGAGCCCAAUAUCGAUUUGAGCACAAUAAUGCUGAGAAAAUAUUCAAUGUCUCCAAGACUAUUCUCUAUGAGCGCAUGUCCAGAGCUCAAAUAGCAGCUCAGGGAAGCUACGCAGUUUCUCUCGGAGGCGCUGGAUACUCCGAAAACCAGGUCAGCACCAUGGGGGCCUCUAGUGAACCUAGGCAAAUAGAAGUGAUUCGUUGUCUUCUAGUCUUGAUGAGCUAUGCGACCUGGGAACGAGCAGGACUCGUUCAAGAAGCUUUCCAACUUCAAGGCCAUCUAGUUCAGAUGCUCCGUGACGUCGGUUUGAUGGAGCCUCAGCCUGACCCGAACAAUCCACCAACGGAUUGGUAUGAAUGGGCUUACCAAGAGUCUAUUCGCCGCACGAAACUUAUCUCCUUCUGCUUUAUACAUAUCCACAGCGUUGCUUAUAAUGCCUACCCAUCACUACGCAGCAGCGAAAUUCAUAUGCGGCUUCCGUGCUCUACGAAGGAGUGGACUGCAAAGAAUGCUGCGGAAUGGGAAGUUGCUCAACGCGAACGAGGUCCGCAACAGCUUUUUUUCCAGGAUGCUUUAACGCUCUUACUCCAGAAAUCACGGUCGGCUGUUCCCCUCGAUCCUCUCCCUGCUCCUCUGGGCAAUUAUAUGCUUCUCCAUGGUCUACUUCAGCGGAUUCAUAUUGUCAGCGAAUUAUCCCUACCCAAUGGGAAUCAUUCGACAAUUUGGCAACAAACUCCGGAAUCAAGCCUCGACCCAAAUAACGCCAACGGCCCUAUUCCAUUCACAUCGAGUGCUUUACUCGGGCUAGCCUACGUGCGGCUUUCAUUGAAUCUCGGGCCCUAUCGGCGUCUCGAAACUCGAGAUCCUGCUACGAUAGCCUCGGCCUUAUGCCGAUCUCCAAAGCCGGAGAGAAGCUACCGUCUCAUACCUGCUUUGAUAUAUGCGGCUCAUGCGCUCAGUAUUCCAGUCCGGCUCGGAAUCGACCAUAUCGCUCGGAGCCAGGCUUUCUUCUGGAGUGUUCGCCACUCGCUUGCCAGUCUUGAAUGUGCGGUUCUGCUUAGCAAGUGGCUUUUCACUCUUGCGGAAGCGGCUCCAGACCAGGCACUAAGUGAUAAUGAAAGCCGCAUCCUUCGCUGGACUCAGUGUAUUGUUGAAGAGGCCUAUUCAUCCAUUGAUUUGGAGGAUGAAUCAGAGGCACCGCAGAACCUAGAGCCGGCUGCUCUUGGGAUGGCAGUGCUGCGUCUUUGGGCCCGACUUUUCCGGCGGAAUACCCAGUGGCCGUUUAUAAAUACCUUGGGAGAAAGUUUAGAGCUGUACAGAACCAUGAUUCGACCAUAA